AUGGUGAUUAAUUUGGCGGGCCCUGUCCCUGUGAGUGUGAGUGUGAGGGCAGCGGGCCGUGUUUCUGGGAGGAGACCCUCCCGGUCAGAGAGCCCCCUGCCCCCGGUCAGACACGGUGACGGUGAUGCCCACUGUCAGGGAGAUAAGGUUAGCCGCUGUCUGAGGCGGGGGCGGGCCUUCGUCAGACUUCUGUCUGGUUCCACCACCCCCCCCUCCCCCCACAUCCCCCCAUCCUGUGGAGCAGGGACGUUCAUGAGCUUUGUGUGUGGACAGUGAGUGUGUGUGUGGACUGUGAGUGUGGGCAGUGAGCGUGGGUAGUGAGCUUUGUGUGUGGACUGUGAGUGUGAGUGUGGACAGUGAGUGUGAGCUGUGAGUGUGGACAGUGAGUGUGUGUGUGGACAGUGAGUGAGAGCUGUGAGUGUGGACAGUGAGUGUGUGUGUGGACAGUGAGUGUGGGCAGUGAGCGUGAGUAGUGAGCUUUGUGUGUGGACAGUGAGUGUGGACAGUGAGUGUGAGUGUGGACAGUGAGUGUGUGUGUGAGCUGUGAGUGUGGACAGUGAGUGUGUGUGUGAGCUGUGAGAGUGGACAGUGAGUGUGAGCUGUGAGAGUGGACAGUGAGAGUGGGUAGUGAGCUUUGUGUGUGGACUGUGAGUGUGGACAGUGAGUGUGAGUGUGGACAGUGAGUGUGAGUGUGGACAGUGAGUGUGUGUGUGAGCUGUGAGUGUGGACAGUGAGUGUGGACAGUGAGUGUGGACAGUGAGUGUGGACAGUGAGUGUGAGCUGUGAGUGUGGGCAGUGAACUGUGAGUGUGGACAGUGAGUGUGAGCUCGAGUGUAGAGUGUGAGUGUGUAAGCUGUGUGUGCAGAGUGAACUGUGAGUGUAGAAGGUUUGCUCAGAGUUUGAGGGAGGGAGGAGGCCCUCUGACAGAUUGGGCCAGCUGACUGCUGCUGCUAACGUCUGGGACACUUGUUGGAGCAGGCACCAAAGAUGUCUUUUUUUUUCAACUAGGAGCGGGAACCUGGAAGUCGUCAACAGAGGCUUCUGAGAAGGUGAGGCCUGAAGUUAAAAGAAUUCUGAGUUGAUUGGCUUUGCAACUUACACUGUGUACAGUGGUGUCCAGGUGCACAAAACCAACUUGGAGGUCAAAUUCCACUUCAGAUUAAAGGAAAAAAGACUAUGGACUGAAUGCACAUUGUGGUGUUCUGUUGCCACCUGCUUACUGUUAAUUUUGGGAUGGUCAUUUUGGCAGUGAGCCCAUCUUUUGACCAUCCUGUUGCUGUAAAUGAAGCUGCCUGCUGGAAGCGUCGCUCUUGUUUACAUCUGAGGGUUUUGGAGAACUUUGGACCCAGUGCACCUCCUUUGGGGCAGGUACAAUGGCAAAACAUGUUGCAAUAAUUAAUGCCAAUGGAGAUUUGAAAGGAUACACAGACCAGAAUCUUUUUCCAGUGAAAGAUAGUAUAUCCAUGGUUGCAGCAUCAGUUUCCAACAUUGUUUCUCAAACCAAGAUCUUACCUAAAACCUUAGGCCUAGCAAACGUGAAUGUUGCACCCCAAAUGAUCAUAAGCACGCCACAGCGAUUGAGCAACUCUGGGAGUGUCCUAAUCGGAAGUCCAUACACCCCCACGCCAGCCAUGGUUACUCAGAGUCACGUGACAGAACCAUCUGGCUGGGUUACAGGGAGCAGAAAACGUACCCAUGAAUUUAUUGAAUCUGAUUUUUCAGACAACAAAAGAAGCAAAAAGGGAGAAAAGAAUGGAAAGGGAUUACGACACUUUUCAAUGAAGGUGUGUGAGAAGGUGCAGCGGAAGGGAACUACCUCGUAUAAUGAAGUGGCUGAUGAGCUCGUGGCAGAGUUCAGUAAUUCCAGUACUCACAUGUCUUCAGAUUCUCAGGCUUACGAUCAAAAGAACAUUCGGCGCCGUGUUUACGAUGCACUUAACGUACUGAUGGCUAUGAAUAUAAUUUCUAAAGAAAAGAAAGAAAUACGAUGGAUUGGGCUUCCCACAAACUCUGCUCAGGAAUUUCAGAAUCUCGAGGUGGAGAAACAGAGACGAAUAGAACGAAUUAAACAAAAGAGAGCUCAGCUUGAAGAAUUGAUACUGCAGCAAAUAGCAUUCAAAAAUCUAGUACAGAGGAAUCGACAAUCAGAACAGCAGACACAGAGUCCUCCUGCACCAAACUCAACUAUUCAGUUGCCUUUCAUCAUCGUCAACACCAGCAAGCGAACUGUCAUAGAUUGCAGCAUCUCCAGUGAUAAGUUUGAAUAUCUAUUCAACUUUGACAACACGUUUGAGAUCCAUGAUGAUAUUGAGGUGCUGAAACGUAUGGGAAUGUCCUUUGGGUUGGAAUCAGGUAAAUGUACACCAGAAAAUCUGAAAACUGCCAACUCAUUGGUGCCAAAGGUUUUGCAGCCCUAUGUUGCAGAAAUGGCUGACGGAUCAUCCUGGGCAAACAAGGAAGUACCUACAGAUCUAAUACAAACUGCCUCAGCUUUAUCUACACCUGGCUCCAUUUCUCAGUCAAGUAUAAACCCUGGAUUAUCACUUGAUGUGGAAGUUGCCUUAGCAACUGGACACCUCCUUGCUCCAGAGAGCCGCCACUCGAGCAGCAUUGCAUCGCACUAUGAAUCACGAGGUGAAACACCAUGCUCGUUUAAUGAUGAUGAUGAAGAUGAUGACGAUGAUGAAGAUGACUGCUCCUCACUUGUUGAAGGGGAGUAAAGAGUGUGCUGGCAUACUUUCUCAAGCUGCUCACAUGCUUUUUAUUAAAGCUGUACUGUAUGAUGUUUCACCAUCCACUGUUGUCAUCCUUGUGACUGACCCUUGCAGACUGAAAGCCAAGGGAGAGAGAAAUGAACAGCAAUUCUGUGUGAAUGUGCAGAAUCCUAUGAUGCAGCUUUCAGUCUGUUGUGAUACAUUAUCAGAUUCAGUUAAAAAAUGAUCCAAAGCUGAUCAGCUGGCACAGUUUUAAUAGCUGCUAUUUUAUUUUUGUUCUGGUUUAUUUUAUGCUUCUACUCUCUCCCUUUACUCCUGUCCUUUGGAAGCUGGUGAGGAUACACCCCUUGGUUGUUUUGGCGUGUUUUAAGUGAAUCUUUUGCUUGUACGAUUGAGUUGUGGACUUAGGGUAUGUUGAAAUAAAGCAAAUUGUUUUGGUUAUUUUACAAUUUAUACAUGGUUGAGAUAGAUACGUGUUUGGAGACUGUUGCAGUUUUGAGUUCCUGACUUGGAAACAUCUAGAUUGCAUAUACUUCCAAUCUGAAAUCCUGGGUUUGCCCAGUUCUGUCGCAAGGGAGAUCCAAAGAAAUACCAAACCCUGAUGUUGAUGGAAGCUAAUAUAUGACGUUUAUCUCAAAGAAAAUGAGUAUGAUUAAGUUUGUAGUCUUAAAUUCACCUGUGUGAAUGAUUUAUUUUACAUAUUGAGCAACAAAUCAAAUGUAACAUUCCUCAACAAUGACUUUCUUUCAGAAACUGAGGAUAAUGAGUCACAACUGCUGAUCGAGUCAGUUAUUUCAUACAAAGGAAUUGAUCAGCAGCUUAUUAAAGUACAUCUGCUCCUCCGAUGGCACUGUGAAUCUAGCCGUAGUCUAUUUUAUCCACACGGAUUGAGAUGGUGCCCAAGGUUGGUACCCAGACAUAGCUAAUCUUCAGGUGGCUGUAGUUUGAAUUAAGUCAGCCUGAAGUAGACAGAGUAUUGGCUAGACUUUCUGGUUCCGAUUGCUGCGUACUACAUCCCAUUCGGGUGUACGUAAUUGGAGAUCAAGUGGGGCAGGAUCAGCCUAGAAAUCAACCAUGUGUAGUCUAAAAGUCCACCAAUAUUCAGGUGUUAAAAGACUGCCUGCAAAUAUUGAUCACCUGGAGAAGGUGCCAUGGCAUGACUUUGGACUCCGAGGCAUUUGGCCGGGUAAGGAGACACCCAUCUUCAAGAGACGAGGAGAAAGGAGAAAACUAUAUUUUUUGAAAAAACCCUUCUGAUUUUGAACUUUUGUACAUUUGACUUUUUUAAACAAUAUUUUGUCAAGUGCUAUUAUCUAGUCUUUCCAUCAUAUUUCCAGGUAUCAUAUUUUAUACUAUUCUUCAUCAGCCCCUUCUUUUAUAACGAGAUAAAAAUGUAAGCUAUGUUGAGAGCAACAGUCAGAAUAUGCAACUGAAGUUCAAUAACCUAGACCAUGCACUCACUCACCAACCUCUCCUUUCAAAGUCGGCCUGUCUCCAGAAGUCAACCUUUCUGAACCCAUCUGGGUGAAAUAGGUCAGGGGGCAGGAAUGGAAGGCAGGCGAUGAUGACAAGCAGCAGCCCACCUUACAUUCCAACCAGCGUUCUCUUCUAUUGACAACACUUCAGCCAGAAUGUACGACAAGCUGUUAGGUUGUUCUUGUCUGUUUAACACUCCUGCCCGAGACUGAUUUCACCCUCAUUGUGUUUUUGUAAAUAAUUUGCCAUGUUAUUAAUUUUUGAUUCAAGUUUUAUAUCCACUUUGUAGAAAUAUGUUCACUGUACAUAUAUAUAAAACAUUCUUCAGUUGUGCUGCAAAUAGGAUGUUAAGGUAUACGUUUUGGUAUGGUUUAAAUUAAGGGCAUCAUUGUUGAAUGUGCUGAUGAUCAUACCUGCAUGGCCUUUGGUGAUGGUGCAGCUACCUGCUUCCUGUGUUUUCAGGGAAGAAUAUUUCCACAAUGAACUAAAAAAAAAUUUGUAUUGUAGAACAUGGAAUAAAAUAAUU